GCCCAAUUUAGGAUUUGACUGGCAUCAAACUCCGGUUUCUGAACUCCCCUCAUCAAGCUGGUGAAAAUUCUACAAAGCAUCAUUUCAGAAUUCCAUUUCCAGAUCGAAAUUCACCAUGAUGAUUAAAAUCAACAACUAACUGGUCCUUUUAGUCGAAUUAUAUACUCAUAAAAAUGAUGUCCCCUAAGCCAAUUUCCGAAGAUCGAGGUGGCCCUUCUCAGGCUGCUGCGUUUAGGCAAACACCCUUGCAGAUAAUCCAUUUUAUUGGAAACUUCAUGAGAAUAUGGUCAGUUUACUCAAUGUAUCGCUAUUUGUCUCAGACUGGGGCUUCUGUUGUACUAUUUAUCUUCAGCUGUCUUGUUCCGUCUUGCAUCAUAUUUUUGAUAAUGCAAAAGCCAUGGAAGGGCAGACCACUGGCUAAUACACAGGUAGUUCCUUCGGUGAUAAAUGGUGCCAUUACAGCACUAUACUUCACCAUGUGGGGGAAAGGCCUUAAAUCUUGUGGUCCUGUGCGAGCCAUAUUAGCCGAAUAUUCUGGUGCUGUUCUUGGAGUAGUAUCUGCUCUAUUAUAUGGAAGGAAGGGCCACAUCUGGAAAAAGGUGGGUGGACUCGUUGCAAUGUUGGCAUCUUUCUAUUUUUUAUCUCAAGGAUGGGCAAUGGCAACAUAUUCACCAAUUUCAUUCGGUGAUAGCACUAAUGAUGAUAAUGAGACAAAGAUGGAACAAGUUGUAGGCAUGAAGGAAAUGAUAAUCCCCAUCUUUGCCGGAAUCUUAUCAGCAUUGAGAAGAGUGAUUGCUCGGCGGGUGUCCCUUAAGAAUCAAUUGAAGAGACGACUCAAUGCCAUAACAAUUGCAUCUGCAACAUGUUUUUUGUUUCCAAUUGCCAUGUGGGACAUGAUUAUAGGAUCAAAUAGUGUAGAGUUGCCAUUUUCUGCAUGGACUUUUACAAGUACCAUCUUGUUUGGCAUCAUAUUGAUAUUCUACGUUGAUAGUAUUGCAGAGGAAAGGUUGCAAAUGGUUUUUUCUUCUCCAAGGCAUUUAAUGGCUGCUGGAGGAUGCAUCAUUGUCAUGGAAUUUGCGUACAAAAUGGACUUCUCCCUUCCUGGUUUUCUGAUAUGUGCAACCAUUUUGGGAUUUGGGAUAUAUGAAGCAACAUCACUGGACAUUACAAGGAAGGGUUCUUCACAAAGCUCAAGUCUGUCAAAUGGGUUCUUGGAUGAUCGAGUUGAAAUGUCCCCUCUUCCAACUUAAUGAAAACUAUACGCAUGGUUCAAUUAUUGCCAAUGACAUCACCAAAGUUCCUUAGUCAUAGAAAUCUGGGGCAACAAUGCAACAUGUGUAAUAUCUUGAGGUGCUGUCAUAUGACCAAACUUCUUUAUAUUUUCCCCCAAUUUUAGAGUUGAGAAUUUAUUGUACAGCUAAGUAGCUAACAUUGGAUACCAUUCACACUAAUUUGAUAUUUUGAUAUUUUAAUGCUUAGGUUUAAUGUGAUUAUUAAAUUCUGCACGCUUCCUCUUAUAUUGACUUUCACUUCUUUACCUCUGCC